ACCAACAACAACAACAACAACAAAAAAAAAACACAAAAAAACAAGGAACUAUAAUUCAGGAGUAACAGAAUUAUAUUCCACCUGGGGUUAUCUGGUUCUAAGUAUGGUUGGUAGCAAAAUGGGUUGAGGACCACACAAAGCAUUCAUUUCCACUAAUGGACCUUGGAUACAGUUCUUAGGUCCAUUGACCCUGUUCUUAAAUUCAUUGGCAAAUGGGGCUUGGUUAGGACAAGAUUAGCCAGAUUAGAAAACUGGAGUGAGAUAAAGCUCGCAGGCCAAUGGCAUGUGUAGAUACUUGAGAGACCAGAAAAAGGUAAGAACAGAGGGUAGGGGAGAGAAGGGAAGACCAACACCAGAAGACACAGCCCAAUAUGUUCCUUUAUCUGACUGCUACAUCUAAAGUUCUUCUGACUACUAUUUGAUUCUCUCUACCUAUUUUUCUCUCUUAUACAUAGACUUCUUUUUAAUAAUACUCAAUGUAUGAUUUUUUCAUGUAAAAAUGUUAUCUAAAUUUAUCUUCACAAUACUCAGGUAUGAAAAGGCAGAUACUUUUAUUCCUAUUUCACAGAUGAGGAAACAGACAAGAAUGUGAGUAAUGUUUCAAUGUAGUUAAUAAGUGGUAGAACAAAGCAUAGAAUCUAGGCUCCCUGAUUGCACCUCAAAGUUCCUGCCAUUAGACCCACUGUACCACUCCAUAAUAUAGGCAAAAUUGAUGGCUAACAAUAUAACAAGGGUCACCCUCUCUAAAAUAUUGCCUCUUCCCUUCCCAAAAAACUAUGUCUCUGCAUGACUGUAAGCAUGUUAGUUACCAACUGCCAAGUGACCUUGGUUUUAAAACUGGGCAGAUGAGUUAAUCUCACUGGCUUUCUAUUCUUAUUUAGCUUGUUGCUGUAAGAGGUUUAGAGUAGCUUUCUGAGGGCAUAUGUUAGCCUUCAGUUUUAGUGAGGAGUAAGGGACUAAAUCCAGUGAAAACUUACGUGAAAACAACCUGAGGAAAAGCUGUAGACUGUGAGUCAAGAUGGGGAAUGGCAAAUCUAUAGCUGGUGAUCAGAGAGCAGUUCCUACACAAGGGACCCAUGUGUGGUACAGAACAUUUAUGACGGAAUAUCCAUCUGGCCUGCAAACGCUACAUGAAUUUAAGACGCUUUUGGGUCUGCAAGGUCUGAAUCAGAAGGCCAAUAAACAUGUUGAUCAAGUUUAUAAUACCUUUGACACGAACAAGGAUGGAUUUAUUGACUUUUUGGAGUUUAUUGCUGCUGUAAAUCUAAUCGUGCAAGAAAAAAUGGAGCAAAAAUUAAAAUGGUAUUUUAAGCUGUAUGAUGUUGAUGGAAAUGGUUCUAUUGACAAAAAUGAACUACUGGACAUGUUCGUGGCGGUACAAGCCCUCAAUGGCCAGCAAACCCUGAGUCCUGAAGAAUUCACCAACUUGGUGUUCCGUAAGAUCGAUAUAAACAAUGAUGGAGAAUUGACUUUAGAAGAAUUUAUCAAUGGCAUAGCAAAAGAUCAGGAUCUCCUGGAGAUUGUUUACAAGAGCUUCGACCUCUCCAACGUGCUAAGAGUAAUCUGUAACGGGAAGCAGCCAGACAUGGAGAUAGACUCCUCCAAAUCUCCUGACAAGGCUGGCCUAGGGAAGGUGAAAAUGAAGUCUCUGUGAGAAUACCUUUCCCAGCUAUCAAUGAGCACAACAUUUCAAUAGAGAAGAAAUAGAAUCUUCCCCAUGUACAUGCUGUUGAUUUCAGGUCUUUGUUAUAAUUCAUAUAGGCUUGUGAAUAUAGCACUUAUUUUAAUCCAGUAGAGACUUCCAUAAAGAUCCUAAACAGAUGCAUUGUUGCUUUUCUGUGCUCUCUCUGCGGAUUAAAACAUAAUAAUUACACUGAAGGAUUGUCUCCAUACCUAUCCAUUCAAAAUAGAACUCUCAUAUGUGUUUCCUUGUGCACUUAAUCUACACCUUGAAGUAGAACUGGAUUAUCAGUUGGAAAGUGUUUCCACAGUUUAGCAUUCUCAGAUUAAACGUGCAUGUGGUAAAUGU